AUGGACGGUAUUUCAUCCACACCGAUUGAAAACUCUGUGAAAUUUUUACGUUUGCGGGAUAAAUACAAAUCUAAUCUUUUAGACGAUAGCCGCUUAACCAAAGCUGCUGGUUUAGCCGCUCAAAAAGAACUUUUGCUGGAGAGUCCUGCGCCAGAUACUUGGAAAGAACCCCGUUUGAAAUCCGUGAACCGAGAAUUACAACAAUGGGUUAAGAAAAUUCGUCAGCCAGGAGGAACGCGCGGGAUAGGGCAGGAUGUUUCCGAUAGCGAUGAUGAGGAGGGAAAUUUAGCGGUUGGUCCAUUACAGCAAUUUAUGGGGAACAUUUCAAAAAUCAGUAAAGCUAUAAAAAGGAAAGCAGAACCGGUGACCCCUCAUUCAGUGUUACAAACACCUGUAGUUAAACAAACUCCCUCCACCAGUAAAAAACCCAAGUUGACCUUUAAGACCGAAUCCAAAGCAAAGCGGUUGUUACCCAAGACCCCUAAAAAGACUCCUUCAUCUGGUUACAAGACCCCUAAAAAGAAAAAGACUCCUUCCCCUCCUUCCAGUGUUUUUAGUACAGCGGAAGAAGAAGAAGGCUUUGCUGCUAAAUCCCCUUGGAAAAAAGCUCGGGAGAGUAUUGAAAAAAAAUUUAACGAGGCAUCAAAAAGGGCUACAGAAAGAGCCUUAAAGAAACUCGCAACUGCUCCAGGCUGGAAACCGUUUGGGACACCAGCAAAAAGACGAUUAGAUGGCAAGGAUUGGUAA